AUGCAUUCAGUGUUGCCGUUGAUGUACCGCAGGCAUAACUCUCAUCUGAAGGCCCUCCAAUGGACGAUCCAGUCGAGCCAGAACUUCUUCAAGAUGAGCUUCAAGGCGCCAUCGAUAAAAGUUCCCAAGGCUGCCGCCAUUAAGGAGCUGGCCAAUCAGCCAACGAAAUCCCAGACCCAGCCCUCGCAAUCGCAAUCGCAAUCUUCGGCAAUACAACCAACUCAGCCGCCUCAGCCAGCGGAUAUCAAACAGAAUCCUUUGACACUGGGCGCCAUAAGCCCCACAGCACCCACUCCCAUUAGUCCAAAACCCUCAGUUCAGCCAAAAAUCCCAGAUCAGCGGGCCAAGUGGUUGGCCAAGGUCUCGCCGGAAUCGCAGCGAAAAGCCAAAUUGGCAGCUGGAAAGGGUGCUCCGCCUGCUGGUCCUCCAAAGCACCAGUUUAACCAAGGAAAUAAUCCCAGUUUCGCGAUGGGCGGUCAAAGUUCGUCUGCCAACUUUGGUGCCGCACCCAAGGCUCAAGUCUCGUGGCAGCAAAAGGUGGAGAAAACUGCGGAGCAUGAAGAUUCCGGGGCAUUCAAGGGUGCCUCUUCGGAGUCGCAACGCAAGAACUGGAUGAACCGCAUGCAGGGAUCGCAGCAGAGGAAACAGAAUCAGUGGGUGAAAGAGAUGCAGGCCAAGCAGCAGGCUGGAAAGGAUAUUCAGGCUCAGAAGAUGCAGCAAAUGGAGUCCCAAAAGAGCCCGACUCCAUCUUCACCGCCACAAGGAGCGGCUCCAACUACUCCAGAACCGGCCGAAAGACCCGAGGAAAAGAGUCCGGAACACUUGGCAUACCUAGAUGCCAUCAGGCAACUGAAUAGCUAUCAGGUUUUGGAGCCGACUACCGGAAGAGCCACCACCAAGAGCAGCAGAAAGGAGCAGGAUCCGGUAAUAGAGCAAACCUUGGAGUGCCUGGAAAAGUCGGGUCUUACGAAGAAGGAGCUCAUGGCCAUACCCGUGAUACAGGUAGCCGGCUCCAAAGGCCGCGGCUCAACUUGCGCCAUAGUGGAGAGUAUUCUGCGGUGUCAUGGGAUAAAAACAGGGGUUCUCUCCUCGCCGCACCUGUUUUUAACCAGCGAAAGAAUAAGGAUCGAUGGUGAACCGUUGAGCGAUGUUCAGUUCACGGAGCUCUUUUGGAAAAUCAACACGGAUCUAGCGAAUAUGCAACCCCCGCCUUCCUACAACAAAAUCAUGACGGUCAUGGCCUGUCACGCUUUCCAUCAAGCCGGCGUUGAGGUGGCCAUUUUGGAGGUGGGAAACGGAGGCGCCAGUGAUGCCACCAACAUAGCCUCCCAUGCCCAGACCAUUGGGAUAACGACCUUGGGAUGGGAGCAGAGCUCGAAUUUGGGCAAUUCCCUAAGGGAUAUAGCCUGGGCGAAGGCGUCUAUCAUGAAGCCAGAAGCCAAUAUCUACACGAAUGUCAGCCAACCGGAAUGCUGCGAGGUCUUGGCCCAAAAGGCCAAGCAAAUUGGCGUCCAACUCCAUCGAGUGCCCACCUUUAACGACUAUAUCGAGGGUAAUAUGAACAACAAGCUGCUGAUGAACAAGGCGAACUACUCUAUGAGAUUGAAUGGUUCUCUGGCCGUACAGCUGGCCUACGAUUUUCUGAAACGACACAAACCCGAAUACGUGGUGGGCUUGGAAAAUAAUUCCACUUUGUUAACUCCGGGAGCUAGUCGCGGAAUCGAGAUAUUUGAACAGCCCGGGCAAUUUGACUUCAUGCGACACGACAUGUUCAAUGUCUAUCUGGAUAGCGCCGAUACAUUUGAAUCGAUGAUGGCCUGCCGGGAUUGGUUUUACACCAGGACACGCGCGAAUCGCCAGCCGAAAAUUCUGCUCUUUAACAAGGUCAACGAGUUCAAUGCCAAGGAUCUUCUGACCAUCAUACGCAGUAAUUUGCGCUUCGAGGAGGCCUGUUUUGUGCCCAAUCCAAACUACUUCGAGGGCGAAAUCCUGGCGGAGGAUGAUGGAAAAGCCAUGGUCUGGCACGGCAUGGAGGAGUUGCAAAGGGCCAAGAGGAAUGCCGGAAAUUGGAGAGCUCUCUGCGAGGAGAACGGCAAAAGGGACAAUUCGCAGCUUUCCAUAUCCAUCAAUGCCUUCUUCGAGUACCUGACCAACAAGUACGGCAAACAGAAGUACGGAAUGAAGAAUGAACUGGAUGUCCUGGUCACCGGCUCCCGUCAAUUGGUGGCCGCCACCAUAUCGUGUCUCCGGAAAAUGAAAUCGUCGAAUCCUUGGCAAUGAAAAUAUCAGCUUAUAGCAUUUUGCAAUGUUUUAUUCCCCUGAAAUUUCGUCGUAAAAGUUUGCGUUCACUUGUUUUUCUUCUUUUUUUGCAUAUAAAUACAAUU